AUGUCGCUCAGCGGUAACGGGACGACCUCCGGCAAGGCCACCGAGAAAUGGCUUUCAGAUCGCGUCGUGACCGUCUACGUUGGCGCGGAGCGGAAGAGGUGGGCCGUCCAUGAGAAACUGCUCACCUCGCAGUCCGACUACUUCAAGAGGGCCAUCAGCUCCAUGGACCGGCGCAAGAUCUUCAAGGGCAAGAAAGGCAGCGGGGAGCCCGGCGAGAGCGGCGGCAGCGACGACCCGGACAGCCUCGACCUGCCCGACGACGACCCCAAGCUGUUCGCGCUGACGGUGCGGUGGCUGUACGGGAUCACGUUCGCGGGACGGUACGAGUUCGCGCCGGUGGUGGCGGCGGUGGCGGGGGCCGAGGACGUGACGGUGCGCGACUACAUGGCCCUGUACGUGCUCGGCACCAAGCUGGGGAUCGAGGGGCUCAAGAACGCGGCCAUCAACGUGGUGUACGACCACUACCACGCGGGCCUGUCGUCGCCGUCGUCGGGCGUGGAGAGGCGCCGAUGCCCGGACCUGCGGGACGUGCGGUACGUGUUCGAGAACACGGCCGAGGACGCGCAGCUGCGCCGCCUGCUCAUCGUCAGCACGCUCUUCUACCUGUUCAGCAGCAAGGACCUCCCCGGGAACCUCCCGCCCGAGUGGGAGGGCGUGCUUCGCUCCAACGGCGAUAUCGGCUGGGAGCUGAUCAAGAUGGUCAACGGAUGGCGGUGGGUCAUGGGCGCGAGCUGCCCGUCCAUGACGAUCAAGAAGCGGUGCAGUUUCCACGAGCACACCGACGGCGGCCAGAGAUGCGAUGACUGA